AUUUGUUCAGCCUCCUUGAUUCAAAUACCAGGAACAACUCAGCCGGCACAAAGCGAAGCUUUGGGGGGCAGAAAACUCACACCCCCAUCGGCGUGCGCACACACAGACGCACGUGAAAGCCCAAAGCCCGCCGGCAUGGGAAAGGAGGAGAAGAAAGCCCGGCACGGCACGUCCCCGAAUACCCAGAGCCAGACAGGGAAGGCAUCCGGAGGGGAGAAAAGCACCGGCUCGACGCAGGAGUCCGAGAUGAAGAAGAAGAAGCAAAAGAAAGCCAAGGGGGAUCCCAAAACUGGCCAGGAGGAGGAAUCCCACACUUGUUGUGGGUGCCGUUUCCCGCUGCUGUUUGCCUUGCUGCAGCUGGCGUUAGGCACCUCUGUAACAGUGCUGGGCUUCCUUAUGGCAGGCAUCAGUUCCUCUCUGCUAGUCAGAGACACUCCAUAUUGGGCUGGGAUAAUUGUCUGUGUGGUGGCCUUAGUGGGAUUUGUUAUGCUUUGUAUCUCGUACCAACCUGAUGAGAAGACGUGUGCACAGUUCACAGUGAAGCUGCUAUAUUUUCUCCUGAGUGCCCUGGCUCUGGUUGCCUGUGUUUUGGCAGUGGCUUUUGCUGCACACCACUACUUGCAGCUGACCAAGUUCACCUGUGACACCAUUCAGGAUUCCUGCCAUUGCAAACUGGACACUGCAGACCCCCUCGGCCGCACCUUCGUGUACCAGGGCGCGGACAACUGUGGCAGCCUGACCAGCAUGCUCAGCCUGUACCUCCUUCUGCAGAUGGCUCUCAACCUGGUGGCAGCCCUGGUGUGCCUGCUGAUGUGCUUUGUGGUGUGGAAGCACCGGUACCAGGUCUUCUACGUGGGCGUUCGCUUCCAGCCUCUCACGGCCACUGAAGGCCAUGGGCAGCAAGUGUAGGGUCUGGGCUGGGCUGGCAGGGGCUUGUGACCAGGGAUGGGAACUGCCACUGCAGGUACUGCAGAGGGAUGGAUGCUUGGAAGGUGUUUGAUGAGGAAAAACGCUCACAUGGCUUUAAUGAAUUUAUUUUUCAAUCCUUUUGGGAGCAUUUAGUAUGGCUGCUCUUGAGAAAAGGCCUCUUGUGAGAUUAGCUAGAGGUCACACAGUCCUAAAGAUGCAGCUGUACAAAUGCUCCCCACAGAGGAUCUUUAACAGCCACGGAUAAAAUCUUUGGAAACUCAUCUGCAGGGCUACAGCCAUUACAAAAUAGGGUCCAUUUCCCUCUUGCCUUCAGAGAAGCUAUGCCAAUUUCUAUCAGAUAAGCAUCUGAUCCAAACUGCUUAGUUAUAUCAGUGGGAACAUGCUUUGGGAAUAUAUCAUAUCUUGGUGCUCUGAGUGUAAUCCACGCUAACCUGAUGGGAAUUUCACAUUCCAGGCAGGUGAUGAGGGAGGUCAAGACCUCUUCCAAUGCAGGUUGAGACCAACACCAAAGUGAAUAUAUUGAUAGCUGCCAUAUAAAAUAUACAUAUAACUUUUCAGAGUGAAUAAUGAUACAGGCUACCUAACCCAAUUACUAAUAAAUAACCAAUAUGAGUGA